UUCUUACCUCUUUCCGCCUUUGUUUCUUUUUGGCUUAGAUCUCUGCUACUCAUCUCUCUUUUCUUCUUCUUCAAUUGCCAAAAAUGGCCGUCACUUUCGCAAAUCUCCACACUGAGUCUGGCCUUAAAUCCCUUAAUGACUUCCUCUCUGGAAAAUCUUACAUUUCCGGGAAUAAGCUGACCAAGGAUGACAUAAAGGUUUAUGCUGCUGUUUUGAAGAAUCCUGGCGAUUCUUUUCCCAAUGUUAGCAAGUGGUAUGAUUCUGUUUCAUCCCAACUUGCCACCAGCUUCCCUGGGAAAGCUGUAGGCGUUGGGUUUGGUGGCAACGCUGCUCCAGCUGAAUCUGUCAAAGCUGAGGCUGCUGCUGAUGAUGAUGACUUGGAUCUAUUUGGUGAUGAGACAGAGGAGGAAAAGAAGGCGGCAGAGGAGAGGGAAGCCUCUAAAAAGUCUGCUAAGAAGAAAGAGAGUGGAAAAUCUUCUGUUCUUUUGGAUGUUAAACCGUGGGAUGAUGAGACUGACAUGAAGAAGUUAGAAGAAGCUGUUCGAUCUGUCGAGAUGCCUGGGCUUUUGUGGGGAGCAUCAAAGCUGGUUGCCGUUGGUUAUGGCAUUAAGAAGCUACAGAUCAUGCUUACUAUAGUGGAUGAUCUUGUUUCGGUCGAUACCCUUAUAGAGGAGCACCUCACAGUGGAGCCACGCAACGAAUACAUUCAGAGCUGUGACAUUGUUGCAUUCAACAAAAUUUAAAUCCUCACCGUUUAGUUCCAAAACUGUUACACUGCCAUUUUUGGCAAUGUUAUCAACCUUUUCCCGUGCUUUCCCCUCUAUAAUGUUAUAUAUUUUUGUUUUUGAGCA